UGCAGACAGGAAACAAAAGUUUCAGAUUUUCAUCUGACACAGUGAGAAUCAGAUGGCAGUUCUCAUUAACUUUCGGUAAGCAUUUUCUUUAUCUUUAAUAUUUACUAUAGUGUUUUUGUCCCGCAGUCUAAGAGGUUGGAUUUGUGUGCAAUUUGUGCAACUGUUGCUCUAAAUGUCAAGGCCAUCCACAGAUUAUAUAAGAGUGCGGAAAAACACAAAUGGAGUGUGUUGCUGAAAAAAAGCCCGAGAUGUUUCAAGACCCAAUUCCCUCGGGCCAGGCAGCAGUUCAUCAUUUCCAGCCCAUCUUCACAGGUUAUGGGCGCAGCAGUAUACUCGCCCCGUCCAUCAUCAAUUCCACCGUCGGAAACAUCACCAUCAACAACAUUUUAAAUGAACAAGCUUUUGCUGAUGAACCAAAUGAAGAAUCCAGUCAAGACAACACAACUAACCGUAAUGGAGAGAUAACCAAUAACAAGUUUGCAGGACAUCAACAGAAACUGAAAGUAGCCCUGAAGAAGAAGUUUAGCCAUUUGCAUGAAGGCCCGACAACAAGUGCGAAUAAAACUCCCCUGAACCAAAUCUACACAGAGCUCUACAUCACCGAGGGAGGAAGCUGCGAGGUCAAUAAAGAGCAUGAAGUCCGCUGGAUCGAGACGGCGUCCCAAGUUAGAGCGAUUCAAGACAAAGUGGUGCACUGCAAUCGUCUGUUCGAGCCCCAACCUGGAAGAGACUACCCCAUAAGAACUGUGGUCACGAGGGGCGUGGCUGGCAUCGGAAAAACCGUCUCCAUCCAUAAGUUUACUGUAGACUGGGCAGAAGAGAAGGCCAACACCGACAUAGAUUUUGUAUUUCCUCUUUCUUUCAGAGACUUGAAUUUAAUGAAAAAGAAAACGUUGAGUCUGGUGGAUCUUCUGAAAGCGUUUUUCCCUGAUAUUACAGAAGGACAAAUCUUUGCAAAUAACGAUAUUAAAAAGCUUUUUAUCCUGGACGGUCUGGACGAGAGCCGGCUCUCUUUGGAUUUCCGUAAAAGUGAAAUCAUUUCAGACACGGCGAAGCCAGCAGCGGUUGCUGUAGUUCUGACCAACCUCAUCAGGGGAAAGCUUCUUCCUUUGUCUCUGGUUUGGAUCACGUCCCGGCCCGUAGCUUCCAGCCAAAUCCCCGUGGAGUGCAUCGACCUCGUGACCGAGGUGCGAGGGUUUAACAACUCGCAGAAAGAGGAAUACUUCAGGAAAAAAAUCCAAGAUGAGGAGCUGGCACUGAGGGUGAUCAAUCAUGUGAAAUCCUGCAGAAGUCUGCACAUCAUGUGCCACAUUCCGGUCUUCUGCUGGAUAGCAGCGAGCGUUCUGGAGAAAAAAUUGACGAAAAGAGACAGCAAAGACACGCCAAAGACUCUCACACAGAUGUACAUCUUCUUCCUGUCGCUGUUUGUGGAGAACAUGAAGAAGAGGCUGCCAGGGAGAAGAGAGUCCAGUGCUGAGUGUGUCAAAGCGAACCUGCUGGCUUUAGGCAAACUGGCUUUCAAAGAGCUGGAGAAAGGUCACCUGAUCUUCUAUGAGAGUGACCUCCAACUGAACGGCAUCGACGUCACACAGGCCUCCAUGUUCUCUGGAGUCUACACACAAAUCUUCAACGAGGAGUUGACUCUCUGUCAGGAGAGGAUGUUCUGCUUUGUGCACCUGAGCAUCCAAGAGUUCUUUGCCGCACUUUACGUUUUCCUCACCUUCCACAACGACAACACCAACGUUCUGAUUAAAAGGUCGUCGUCCUCUAGGUGGUUUCAAUCCAGAGAAUCGUCAGAGCUCAACCUCUACAAAGCAGCCAUAGAGAAAGCUUUGCAGAGUGAAAGCGGGCAUUUCGACAUCUUCCUGCGCUUCCUUUUGGGCCUGUCAAUGGAGCCCAACCAGGAGUUGGUGCGACAUCUAAUGACCACCGACAGAACCCACCAAAGGACACGAGCCGAGGUCCAAAAAUACAUAAAAGAGAAGAUCAAAUUGAGCAAAUCUCCUGACAGAUGCCUGAACCUUUUCCACUGUCUGAACGAGCUGAACGACCACUCUCUGGUCGAGGAGAUCCAGAGCCACUUCGUCUCAGGACGUCUGAAGUCGGCCGACCUUUCACCUGCUCAGUGGGCCACUCUGGUCUUCGUUCUGCUGACCUCAGAGGAGGAGCUGCAAGAGUUUGACCUGGGCCGAUUCAGCAGGUCGGAGGAGGCUCUUCUGAGGCUGCUGCCGGUUAUGAAAGCAGCACAGAUAGCAAAACUAAAUGCAUGUUACCUCACUAUGACCUGCUGUGAAAAACUGGCAAAUGCCAUCAGCUCAUCCCAGCUCAGAGAACUGGACCUGAGCAACAACAGCCUCACAGAUGGAGGGUGGAUGCAGCUCUGUGAGUCUCUGAGGGACAGCAAACUGCAGACACUCCGAUUAAGAAGUUGCAACCUGACAGAGAAGAGCUGUGACAGCCUGGCGUCAAUCAUUAGUUUAGCCUCCUGUGAGCUGACAGUCCUGGACCUCGCUGACAAUGACUUUGAAGACACAGGAGUUAAAAAGUUGUCUGACGGAUUAGGGAGCCCUCAUUGUAAACUCCUGCAGCUUGAUUUGUCCUUAUGCAGGGUGGCAGAGCUCGGCUGCACUUUCCUGGCAUCGGCGCUAAAUUCAUCCGGCCUGAAAGAGCUCGACUUGAGCUGCAACCACCCUGGAGAAUCCGGUCUGAUGCUGCUGCAGACGCUGCUGGAAGACCCACAAUGCAGUCUGCAGAAACUCAGUGUGGAUCAGUGCAGAGAAUCCUGGAUCCAGCCUGGUCUUAAGAAAUACUUCAUGAGAGAUCUGACUCUGGACCCAAACACAGCACACAGAGACCUCUCACUCUCUGAGGGAAACAGGAAAGCGAGGCGCUGGUUGAAGCAGCCGUACCCGGAUCACUCGGAGAGGUUUGAUGUGCAGAGACAGGUGCUGUGCAGGCAGACCCUGACUGGACGCUGCUACUGGGAGGUCGAAUGGAACGGCCGAGUCACAAUAGGAGUGGCGUACAAGCAAAUGCACAGGAAGGGGGAGGGUCAGGACUCCUGGAUGGGCCACAACGACUCCUCGUGGGUUCUGAGCUGUACCAAAGACAGCUGCCGGAUUCUGCACCGUGGCGUGAGCGCCGCUGUGAAGGCCACACCCAGCAGCCCAGUCGGUGUUUUCCUGGACUGGUCUGUGGGGGAACUCUCCUUCUACAGCGUCUCCUGUGGUUCUCUGACUCUGCUUUACACCUUCAGAACCAUCUUCAGAGAACCCGUGUGUCCCGGGUUUCAUUUGGGCUGGGUGGACUCCACAGUGCAGCUGUGCUGAUGUAAAAAUUGGUUUUGAGGCUGAUAGGUCUGAUUUUCCAACCAAUCAAAUGCAUUUAUUGUUUUAAUUUAUUAAUUUUAAAACAUUAAAAAAUGAAACUGUCAACCACUAUGCAUUGCUUUUAGGAACAUGCAUUCUCUUUACGUUUGUUUUAGUUAUGCAUACAUUUGUGCUCAUAAGUUUACAUGCCCUGCACGGUGGUGUAGUGGUUAGCAGUCUCUGCCUCGGUUCAAAUGCUUCCUGGUGUGGAGUCUGCAUUUAUGGGUUUUCUCACAGUCCAAAAGACGCUUCAUGGGUUUAUCUCUGAUUUCAAUAUUGUGGGGCAUUGGUGAUUGGGCGGCCCUGUAACGAACUCACUACCUGUCCAGGCUGGACUCUGCCUUCACCCAGCAGGGGCUGGGAUAGGCUCCAGCAACCCCGUAACCUUGAAAGGACUUAAGCAGGUUUGGAAAAUGAGAUGUAUAAAUGCAAUAUAAAAGUAUAUAUAUAA